AUGCCAGCAGUCACCAAGUACCCGUGUGCGGCUGCCAAGCAGUACUUUGGUCGUGGCCCGAUCCAGUUGUCGUGGAACUACAACUACAAGGACUUUGGCAAGGCCGUCAACUUGGACUUGGUCGCGAGCCCUGAGCUGGUCGCCACAGAUUUCGACAUGGUGGUGGGUCUCCCCGGUGGCUUUGCCAAGGCCACUCACAUCGUCAACGGCGGCUUGGAAUGCGGUGUUAACCCUCCCAACCGUGACUCGGAAAAGAGCCGCAUUGCCAGUUUCAAGAAGUUCUGCGAGCUCUUGGGGGUGGCUCCCGGGGACAACUUGGCGUGCCAAACCGCUGAUUUCAACAUUCCUCCGACGAGCAAACGCCAACGAACGCCGAAGAACGAUCGCGGUCGCGUGACCAGAUCGAGGAGCCGCGAGGACGCGCCGCUCAGCGCACCGUUGAGAACCCGUUCAGAUCUCCCCGACGACGACAGCCACCUGCUGUCGACGAGUGGCAAUCGCCACGUGGGUGGGUUUUACACCCCUACCACAACCCGAGGAACACGAGCUGUCGCAGCGUUUGUCUCAGCUGCUGCUCCACCAACGACUGAAGCAGAUGACGCUUCAGUGCCGUUGCCAGACGACAACAACCCGUUGGACGUCCGUGACGGUACACACAUAGGCAGUGAUGACGGUUACGGCCGUACGGCGCCGCAAGUUUGGAACGCGCCGGCGCUCCCGCAGCCGCCGACAUAUUCGGGCUCGACCAAGGCCGAAAGACGCGCUUUUAUGCGCGAGUACCAGAACUAUCUGGCGUUUGAGGAAGGCCCUCAAGACCUGGACGUUUUGAAGCAACGUCUGCAGCAAGCGAUUCGAUUCGAUACGAAGAUCUUGGACGCGGAGUCUCGCGUCGGUCGUAUGCUUGACGAGUUGAUGCGCUCGUUGGAACAACACCAUCAGGACAUCGAAGCCGGUACCCUCCACGAGGCGGCAAGCCUCAUAUACCAAGACGUGACAGCGGUCGCCAAGAACGCCGCAAGAACAAUGGAGAGACGGCGGAAAGGCCGAAACGAUCGUGCCCAAGAAUGCCGACCCUUUGCCAGGAAGGGCUGCUUGAAGUGCGGUGACAUGAGUCACCGUGUGGCGCGGUGCCCGAAGACCGCGGCUGGCGAAGCCGAAACGUUGUUGGCAGCGCAAGUCAAGCGCUGGAAGGACUGCAUCAAGGUGCUGGUCAACCAGCCGCAACGCCAGAAGACAGAGCGCGGUGUGCUGUUGGAGAAUAUCGUCCGCGUGGACGAUGUGCUCUUGGACUCUGGUUCGGACGUGACCGUUGUCACGCGCGGCGUCAUGGAUGCGUUGGACGCGGCCGGUGUCAAAGUUGGGACUGUCUCCCAUAGCGUGCAGCAUAUGGCGUACCCGUAUGGCAGUGACGCCAAGCCAGUUGUGAUGACGCGCAGCGUCGACGACGCGUCGACUGCAACCGAACUCGUCGUGAGUCGCCCAGUCAUGGAGUUACUGGGCUUCAGCGUGGAAGACCUCCUUUACGGCAUGGCGAAUGUCAAGCGCUUGAUGGCGGAGAAGUUGAAUCCGUCGGAGCAUUACCCCGACGACGUGAUGGAGUGUGCUACUCCGGAGACGCGCGGGCUUGCGCCCGCUGAAGCGACGCGGCUGCACGACUUAUUGGCGGAACACAUUGAUGUGUUCCGUGAAGACUUGGGCGACGAUCCGCCAGUCAAGGUCGAGCCAUUGAAGGUUCGGAUCAAACCCGGCUCGACGCCGGUGAAGUGUGGGAUGCAGCGGUACCCGCCGCUGUAUGUGGAGUACAUGCGCAGCCAUGUGGUUGCCCUGGAAGCCAAUGGUAUUGUAUACAAAAACAACCGGGCUACGUGGGCCGCGACCCCAAGGAUCGUGCCGAAGAAGGAAGUCGGCGACUUGCGCAUGACGAUCGACAGCAGGCCGAUCAACGCCUGCACGGAGCCGAUGCCAAACCUGGACAGUGCGAUGGUCUGUCUGGUCGGAACGAACAUGUACUUCAAUUUGGACUGGACCAAGGGGUACUCGCAGUUGCCGCUACAUGCGAACAGCCAGUUACGGACGCUGUCGCGUACUGCCAGUCGGUUGCCCACCAAAUGCUUGCGGUACCCGCCGCUGUAUGUGGAGUACAUGCGCAGCCAUGUGGUUGCCCUGGAAGCCAAUGGUAUUGUAUACAAAAACAACCGGGCUACGUGGGCCGCGACCCCAAGGAUCGUGCCGAAGAAGGAAGUCGGCGACUUGCGCAUGACGAUCGACAGCAGGCCGAUCAACGCCUGCACGGAGCCGAUGCCAAACCUGGACAGUGCGAUGGUCUGUCUGGUCGGAACGAACAUGUACUUCAAUUUGGACUGGACCAAGGGGUACUCGCAGUUGCCGCUACAUGCGAACAGCCAGUUGUAA